GGCAGAGUAAUCAGCCGAGCAGAGCUCUUUCCCUGAAUGAAUCCAAGUAAAUCCCAGUGGUUGCUUUCUGAAAUGACCAGCAGACACACAUCUGCACCCACGCUUCCCAACGUAUAAACUGGUUCUGAGGUACCAUGUCCAGUGAAAGAAGACCUGGUGUGGAGUUUUCUACGACAACCGUCAGCUCAGUAGCUGUGCAGGCUGGGGACUCCAAAAUCGUGAUAGCUGUCAUAAAGUGUGGCAAAUGGGUACAGCUUCAACUGGCUGAAUCACAGCCCAAUCUUUUAGAAAUUGGUAGCAGUCAAGAUGAAGCCAGAAAACUUCUUCAUGAUCAUGAACUUCUUUUGGCCAAGCUCAAGGCUUUGGAAAAUCAGGUAUGGGAGCUCUUGCAGGAAGCUGAUAGGACAGCUGAAGAGAAUAAAGAUCAGAGUCAGGUCUAUGAUGCCAUGGCCAACACCCUGGGUGAAGCAUGGGAAGCCCUUGUCACCACACUUGAAGGAAGGAGGGUGCUUCUCAGGUUGACUUCUGAAUUUUUUGAAAAUGCCUUGCAGUUUGCUAUUAAAAUAGACCAAACUGAAGAUUUUCUCCAGAAUACUCAAGAGUUUGAGAAUGCUGAGUCCUUAAAAUCACUUCUUCGGCUUCAUGAACAUCAUUCCAAAGAACUCUUAGAACGAUCACUAGCCCUUUUAAACAAAAGUCAACAACUCACUGAGUUCAUAGAAAAAUUCAAGUGUGACGGACCUAAUGUAAAUCCUGAUUUGAUUCAGGGGGCUCAUAACAGCUGCUUAAAGAUUGACAGCCUUCUUGAAGUUCUACAAGAUAGGAGACGACAGCUAGACAAGUACCUGAAACAACAGCAGCAAGAAUUGGGUCAGGUUCUGCAGAUAUGUCAGUGGGACCAACAAGAAAAACAGGUUACUUGUUGGUUUCAGGAAACCAUAAAGGACUUACAGGGACAAAGUUUAGGCUCAUCACUUUCAGACAAUGAGGAUCUUAUACAUAAGCAUGAAGAACUGGCAAUAAAAGCGAAGGAGUGGAAUUCUGCUGUUGAGAAGCUAAAGAGUGAGGCCCUGAACAUUCUGCUGUCCAAAGACAAUGUAGAAAAAGAACAUCUACAACUUUCUAACCAGAAACUGAACCAGCUUCAAGAAGAAUUUGAUUUGCUCAUGGUGGAGAAGGAAACCUGGUUAAAGAAGACAAAUAAUUUUUUUAACAGCGCCAACAAGGCAUUUGAUGUACUUGGAAGAGUUGAAGCUUACCUUAAGCUCCUUAAAUCAGAGGGUUUAAGUUUGCCUGUCUUGGCAGUGAGGCAUGAGGAAUUACACAGAGAAAUUACAGACUGCGCAGCUGAUGCUUUGCAGAAGGGACAAGCCUUAAUCAGCCAAGUAGACUCCUGCCGCUUUCUCUUGACUGGUGUCCGUGAGAUGAUGGGCUGCGUUCAGAGACGAGUGGAUCUUCUGACCGAACAGUGUUCAGCGCACAAGGAAUUUGCUCUUUGGAAACAACAACUAAUGGCCUCUGUGGAGGACUGCCUGAGGAAGGUGGAAAUGCUAAUUCAGAAUAUCAGUCCAGUACUGUCUAAUGCAAUGGCUGUUGGUUCCAGCAUUUCCGAAUCAGAGAUGAUUUUGAGUAAAUAUCUGGAAUUAGAUAUCCAUGCUAAGGAGGCAUCACAUGAAUUAGAAGCAGCUGCAAAACUCAUGACAGAGAUAAAUGAUUUUGAACCUGAUGAAGUGAUAUCACUUUCUUCUAAAGCUAAAUGGCUGAAGGAAGAAUUAAACCUACUUGGCCAAAGCAUAGGCUUCAGGUUACAACUCCUGCAAACUUUUGUGGCAUUUUUAAAGUCAUCAGAGGAGGUAGAGGAGCAGUGUCAGAGGCUAAAAGAGUUUUAUCAAACUGAAAUCUCACGGAAAGGGGAUGAUGACAGUGAAGCCAAGCAUCGAUCUGACUCAGCUGAGGAACGGUCACACCUAUGUUUAAAAAGGAGUUUUUUAACUCAAGACUUAGGGUUUGAGUUCCUUAAUUUAAUAAGCAUGGCUAAAAAGAAUGAAAUAUCAAAUGUGACAAAUGAAGUGCACAUUGUGGAGAACACAAUGGAAAGGCAGAAGGCAGAAAGGGAAGAACUCAGUCACUUUUGGAUAGCAUGGAAACUUCAAGACACUGAAAGCAAGCCUGUGAAACAGCAAUGGGGAGCACUCAAAGAGCAACUUAGAAAGACUACUCACAACUUAAAGCUGCUUCAAGAAGCACUUAGGCCUGUAUCUGCACUUGACCUUGGAGGAAGUCUCCAGGCCAUUUUAGGUCUAAGGGGAAAAUGGAAUGAAAUGAAGUCUCAGUUCCAGCAAUUGAGUAAUGAAGUUCAGUACAUUAUAAAAGAAUCAGAAAAAUUAAAUGGUAAAGGCAUUCCUGUGAAAGAGAAAUCUCAACAAUUGAAGGACCUUAUAUACCUCCACCAAAAACAGAAAGAGAGAAUCCAAGAUUACAACACUAUCUUGUACAAAGUAAUUCAUUUCCACCAAGUCAAGGAAGAGCUGGGAUGUCUCAUCAAAUCAAGAGAACUGGAGUUUCUAGAACAGCCAAAAGAACUGGAGAAUGCUCACGAGGUCCAGACUCAACUCAGCCACUCUCAGGAGAAGCAGGCACACCUGAACCACCUGCAGACACUGGCCCUUUCCCUGGGAAGGGACAUCAUCUCACUGGCACAGCAAUCUAACUGCUCUAAUGUCUCUGCAAAGAGCCUGCAGCAACAACUGGACAUUCUGGAGGGGGACAGUGUGAACUGGCGUGCUAAAGUGGAGGCGUAUGAACAGAACCUGACCUGCAGCUUGGGGUACUGUACCACGAGGGACGAGAUAAAUGAGCUCAAAGAGUCAUUCAAGGAUGUAAAAAAGAAAUUCAACAAUUUAAAGUUUAAUUACACCAAGAAAAAUGAAAAAGCUCGGAACCUGAAGGCUCUUAAAUAUCACAUUCAACAAGUUGAUCUGUAUGCUGAAAAAGUCCAGGCUUUGAAAAAGAAAAUGGAAAAAGUUGAGAAUAAAACUGACUUUAUCUUAAAUUAUCCAAAUAGUAAAAUUAAUGUUCUUUUGGAAGCCAUGAAGGAUUUGCAAAAGCACGUGGAUGAGUUUGACAAAGUUGUGAAAGACUACAAGAAGAAUUUGGACCUGACUGAGCAUCUUCAGGAGAUGAUAGAGGAGUGUCACUUUUGGUAUGAAGAUGCAAGUGCCACAGUUAUAAGAGUUGGGAAAUAUUCCACAGAGUGCAAGACAAAGGAAGCUGUGGAAAUUCUCCACCAGCAGUUCAAUAAAUUCAUCACGCCUUCGGUGCCUCAGCAAGAAAAAAGGCUUCUGGAGAUCAGCGACCUCGCUCAGUGCUUAUAUGGUUUGGAAGAAGGGCAGAAAUGCACAGAGAAAAUAGUGACAAAACACAAGGAAGUCCUUGAAUCUAUUACUGAAUUAUGUGGAUCUCUCACAGAGCUUGAAGAAAAGUUGCAGGAACAAGAGCAGAUGGCUGACAUACUAGCCAUUCAUGGAAGAGAAGAAGGUCAGCCUCCCCCGAACCUGAGGCCCCUGCCCUGUGCUGAAGAGGGUGGUGUCCAGGGUCUGCCUCCGCCUGCUGACGUGCCCUGGGGAGGAGAAGAUGAGUGCAUCUCACCUGAUGACAUCUCCUUGCCUCCACUCCCGGAAAGCCCAGAAUCCCCCGUCCUGCCAUCUGACACGGAGGCAGAGGAGAGUCCCAGCUCCUCUCUCAGCCUUCAGAUAAACAGCUCCAGGAUGCCGAAGGGGUCCAUGGGGCCAGGGGAGACCCAAGAACCUACACUUCCGCCACCUGCUGCUUUUGCUGAUGCUUGCAAUGCUAGGAGAGAAACAUUUUCAAGUCAUUUUGAGAGGCCCUACUCCCAGUUCAAAGCUGAACUCCCAUUAACCUCCCAAGGAUCCCUGGAAAAGAGUACUGUCUUCCACAAAAUCAGUGCUAAACCUCCAGAGAGCAUGCUGAGUGAUGUGCAUGAGAGAGCUUUAAAGCAUCGCCCUCAGGCUCAGGGAAGUUUGCUAGAAACAUGGGAGGAGAUGCAUGCUGAUAAUCAUGUCACUAAAACCCGAGAUAGCCUGCAUGCUGCCCCCGAUGCAGCCUCCAGCCUCCAGUCCCAAUCAGGCACCAGCCAGGGCUAUCACAGGCAAGUGGUUCCCAGAGAAGAGAUUAUAAGUACAUCUGCAAAGAACAGCAUGGUCACCCUAGCCAACCAGGCACCUAAUUUCUCCAGGCUCCUGUCUAAUGUAACUGUCGUGGAAGGUUCUCCAGUGACUUUGGAAGUUGAAGUAACAGGAUUUCCAGAGCCUACACUGACAUGGUUCAAGAAGGGCCAGAAAUUGUCUGCAGAUGGGCACUUACAGGUCUUGCAAAAGGAGACAAGACAUUCGGUGUUCAUUCCGAAGGUGUGCAAGGCAGAUGCAGGCCUCUAUGUGGUUCGGGCCCAAAAUUCUAGUGGCAUUCUCUCUUCCAAUGUCAUCCUCCACGUGACAGGUAACCACAGGCCGCCUAUCACAAGAAUAAACUGGAUAACACUGUGUGUCAUCUAUGUUAGUGUCUCCCUGCUGUACUGGCUGCUCACAUGGUAAAUUUGGGGAGGGAACCCAUGAAUGUUUUUCUGAUGAGCCUAAAGGACACUAUGUUGUUUCUUUUCCCACAUCUCCUACAAAGCAUCCUCCACCAAAUGGACCUCCAUUCUGGUCCUAUUGCUUGUGUGACUAAUAUCACUGCUUGAUGAAAUAAUCAACUUUUCUCUAGUGGUUUAAUGUAUUUGAGAAAAAUUGUUAAAUUAUUAGCAAUGGAUCAGGAUACAGUUUUGUAUUUAGAAAGAAUGUGUUCAAUAGAAAACAAAGUAAAGCUCUGCUAUGUUUAUUCUAUCUUAAUUUAAGCACAUGCAGAUCAAGGUUCACAAGAGAUAUAUAGAUGUGGUAAGUUUCAAAUCCAACUAUUGGAUCAUUUAUUUUUUAUUGUACUUAUGAAUUUUUUUGUCAAAUAAUUGUAGAAAUAUUGAAUGUUGUCAUUUUUAUUAUUGCUUAACUAUGCCUUAACUUUGUCUUUUGAAUGCCUUGAUCUCAUUUAUGAUAUGCAUUCAUUCUUUGUAGUUUCCACUUAGAAUAUAUCCCUGAGUCUCAGGAUGCAACUUUAAUCAUUCCUCUGUUGAUUUCAUGGAUUUUACAUAGGAGAACAGAUGUGCCUUCAACUUUAAAUGGAGUUUGAAGCUGCCAUCAGCUAUGCAUGUCAUAUUGCAAGAUAGUCAUGGGCUACUAGAAUGAACCAACUUUACACCUGUCAUUCCAUUGAUAUAUUUGGGGCACUCAUGUAUAUACAAUGCAACUAGAUCUUCUUGCUACUGCUCUUGAUCUUGAUUUUGCUGCUGAUGUUCUUUUUAUAGUUAGUGGUAAGGCAUCUCAGUGCCUGUUUCCCUUUUGGAAAAUGGGUUCAUCAUCUACCUCUCUGACAAUUAAGAGCUUUUAAUUCAUUCUUAUAAAGAUCCAGAAAAUGGAAAGCACUCUAGGGAUAUUAAGUUUAACUAUAUUAUUUAAUGUAAUUGGUCAUUGCACUGCCUCCUGCCCACUAUUGCCCUUGUAGGUGCUGAUUCUUUAGCAUAUUCAAUUAAAAGAGUAGUGUUCGUAUGUGAUUUCCCACCACUCCCAUGUGUUAAAAUGGUAUUUUAUGAAUUAGAAUUCAAAUUCCUUGCUAAUUCCUUUAAACUAUAUCCUUCUCAAACACUUGGGAAAAAAAAAAAACAACAAAAACCAGGAGGAGGAUAUAUUCAGUAUUUAAAAAGAGGGAGGGAGUAUAGUAAGAUGGCAUAAGAUGAAUUUUAGUCCUCUAAGAUUCAUGUAAUAUUGAAGAAUGUUCCAUGUCUUUCUGAUAUAUAUUAUUCAGAAUAGGGGGUCAUCUGUUUGAUUCAUUUAAAAAAAGAAACAUGAAUAAGAGAAGCAUUUAUUUUUCAGAUUUUAAACAUAGUUUUAUGCCACUAAACAAAAUACUCAGUUGAAAUGAUACUUGUUCUCAAUUUUUGAUAAAGGUAAGGAAUGAAUUAUGCUGCUGUAAAGUCCACAUACAAAUAAAAGUAUUUAAAAUUAAUAUAUUCAAGUUGAUAUUUAAAAGUACUGAAUGUCAGGGCCCUC